ACUCUGCCGCUGGCUUCUCGUUCUUUUUGCCGCCGAGCGUCGCGGCCGUUGUUGGCGGUCUCCGCCAGGUCGCUACGGCGCUUGCGUGGGUUCCGGGCUAGCCGCGACAUGGACGACUACGACUGGCUGUCCGAUUCGGAACUGUUGUCUGUGCUGCGCCAAUACAACAUCCCGCACGGGCCAGUCGUGGGCUCAACGCGAAAGCUGUAUAAGAAGAUCUUUGAGUAUGAGAGCUAUAAUAACGAGGAGGACGAUGAUGAAGACAACGACUACGAGGACGAUGUCCAGGUGGAAGACUAUGAGGAGAGCUGCGUGAGCAGCAGAACCUGCGAGGAACCGGAGUCAGUGGGCUCCACCAGUUUCCUCCAGUCCCCAUCCUCGCUCCUGGUGCGAGAAGAUUUGAUGUUCACUUCUUCUGAUGAGGAAGGAAAAGAUGGGAAUUGUUGUCAAUGUAUGCAGGGUUGCGCCUACCAGGACAUAUCGCACUACCGCCUGGGCUCCAGAGGCUCUACCAGUCCAUCCUAUUAUCCUACUAGCACUUCUACCUCUUCAACCUCCUCCACCUCCUCCUCCUUCUCCUCCUCCUCCUCCUCUUCCUCCUCCUCCUCCUCUUCCUCCUCCUCCUCAGCACCUUUGUGGCUCACUCGCCCAGCCUUCAGUCCAGAGCAGCAGGCCCCAGGCACAAGCCUCCAGGUCCCACUCUGGGGCCAGUACCUUUUUGUUGCCUUAGCCUUUGCUGCCUUUAUGGCUUUUCUGUACUGUUCUAUGCAGACGGAGGACUGCAGCUGCUUCCUGGCCACUCCCUGAGGGGCUGGAGGCCAGCCCUCCUCGGAAGGCUGGCUGCUUUAGUGGGGGUGGGUGGGAUGGGGGACUUACUUAUGUGUUCUAGCUGGCCUGGCGGCUGGGCUCUGGAGUGGGCGGGGCACUACCGUCCUCACUAUGGAUGCCUCCUGCUAGUCACCUUUGAGGCAGGGGAUUAACCUAAAACACUUGGUUUUCAUGAACACAAUAAAAAGACUUCAUUUUCAA